AUUCGGCAGAUUUGGUCACACUGUCGACGAAACGGAGAACUCGCAUUGCAUGUGAAAUUAUUUAAUCCUGUAAUUAAAGUUGUUGCGGGCGAGCUCCUGCAUCGGCGUCGCCGGUUGCGUAACAAGGCGAGUCUCUUCGGGGUUUCUGGUCGGAGAGGUCACAGUUAGAGACCGGAAUGGCGUUGGCUUUGCGCGUGGCCCGAUUUGCCCAGGGUCCGGCGAUAUUCUGGCCCCAAGAUCGUCGGCGGUUGUUACACCUGUGUACCCUCACCACCACAGCCACGACUGCCAGCAGCGAUAACCGGCAGAGAGCAUUGUGCCGUCUUCAACCACAUCAGGGAAGGCAGUUCUCCACGAAGCCCGCUCCCGCGGCUCCGGCGCAGAUCAAGCGAAAUGUAGCCGCCGAGAUAACCAGCGUGGGCAAGGCCAUCUAUGAGACGGGCUGGGAUGCCAACACUUCCAUCGAGAAGCCAAAGACCGAGCAGAGCAGCCGCAGUAGUAGCAAAAGCCAUUCGCCGCCGCAGCCGCCGCAAGACAUGAAGACGCCGGAUGAGAAGCGAAAGGAGCCGGACACGAUCAAAUCGAAGCGGGAACAGAUGCGGGACAACAUGCAGGACUAUAUUUUCACCCGCUACUUUAACUACGUCAAAAACUAUGACAAGGUCCUCGAGAAGAACUUCCCCAAGGCCAUGCAGCUGUACCGGGUGUUCUUCGACGGCGUCAAGGACUUCUUCAGUGACAUGAAGCGUUUCUUGAAGAUAGCCCGCAUUGCAAACGACUCGCCGCAGGGUAUCCGGGCGCUGAAUCGGCAGGAACUGGAGCUGUACAUGCAAAUGCCGAGGGACAUGAUGAAGGUUGCACCGGCUCUGAUUGGUUGCUCCCUGCCCAUGGUGGGCUACGCCUUCUUUCCCCUCGUCUUUUGGUACCCGCGCACCUUUCUCACUGCCCACUUCUGGACCUUGCAGCAGCGCUACGAGUUUCAGAGUUACUACAUAAAGCGACGUUUGUCCUACAACAAGGCCGUCUUCCGCUGCCUGCAGGCCAAGCUCAAGGCGACGGUCAAGCACCCCAAGCAUUCAGCCUUCGCUGACAUCUUGGGUCAGCUAGGUAGUGGUACGCAUCCGACGCCGGAGAUGCUAAUUGACGUCAGGGACAUAUUUGCCGAUGGGCCUUACUCGUUGCUCGGAAUGCCGCGAAAACACGUCAGAAACCUAAUCAACCUGCAUGGCCUGCCGGGCAGCAUAUUCAAGCGCCAUCGGCUGCACGAGCACGCCUUUCUGGUACACUACAUGGACCAGGCCAUCAACCGCGAAGGCGGCGUCCACAAUUUGACCCCUGCUUCGUUGCGCUACUCCUGUUACCUGCGCGGCCUGAAUCCGGACGGUAUGAGCAACGAGGAGAUGAUCGAGUGGCUCCGAAAAUGGGUCAAGGUGUCUACGUCGAUACAGGGCGAGCAUAUCACGCUGUUCCUACACCUGCCCAUCUUGCUGGGCUACAACCACCCCAACAACUGGAAGACCAUCUAUGGGAAAUGCAAUCCCUGAGCACCUGGUGCUCGGCUAGGUUGUUCGUGCUAUAUUUUCUAGACUGCUUUAAAGAUUGGACUGUUAAGAUCACUUUUGUUUCUUGAGAGCAAAUAAAACUGUUGAAACCAAA